CGCCCAGCUUCUGGAACUGUGCUGAACCACCUUUAUUAUCUGACAGCAAGAGACACUCUUUUUACUGGAAUUUCUUCAAAAACUUGAAGCCAAGACAAAUCCUGGUCCUACCUUGGAGGGCAGCAGGCAGCUGUUCUCAGUAAAACGCUCUGAUGACACACCGUGUGCUAUCUGGCUGGACCUGCAUACACUAUUUCUCAGAAGAUAGACAAGUGUUUACCUGAGAACUGAGAAUUGAUCAUGACGUCAGUGCUGGGCACAGUCCUGCUAGCUUUGGCCCUAACAGGGACCACUGUAGCCUUUGUCCCCGUCGGAGGUGGGGCAUCCACUCAUGUCAGCAUUACAGGACGGGCUCUAAUGCAAAAAGUGAAGGAGACAUGCCGGGCGGUGGCUGAGGCAGCUGGUUAUGAGUUCAAACCCACGGGUUCAUCACCUGAAGAGCUGGUCCAGGCCUGUCUAGGUCCCACAGCAAUAGGAGAAGUGUCUGGUGCCAAGUUUCACUCUGCUCUUCAACAGAUCUACACCCAGAAUGGACUGGUAGACCGUGACUUUGUCAACAGUGCCCCACAUCACUUCAACUCAGAGGCCUUUCAGGAGGGACGUGGCCUAAUCACGGAAGGUAUGGUGGCCAUUAAGGCUAACAUUCAGAAGGAAAACUACCAGGCUGCCAGGGAAACACUGGGCAGAGUCCUUCAUACACUACAGGACUUCUACAGCCACAGUAACUGGGUGGAGCUGGGGUACACAGAGCCAUACAUCAGCCUCAUAAGACCAGACCUUCCUCUGGAAAAUCUAGCAGAUGUCAACACUGCGACCUGCAGUGACUGUGCCAGUGGAACAUGCCCCAAUUCCAUCCUCCCUAACAUCCUUCAGGAGAAGAAACUCACAUCUGGCUACAUGGGAAUCUUCUCUGCUACCAAGCCCAAAGGUAAAUGUAGCCAUGGAGGUGCAGCUGACCUGACUAGCACAGCAGCUCCUCGCGGAGGCAUCAACAAAGACGAGAGUCGCCCGGACAAUGUGGCCCUCCACAAUGCUGCUGUGAAUGCAGCCACAGCCGCCAGCCUCCAGCUGCUGGAGGACAUCCGGUCAGCUGCCGGGGAUAAAGACUUCCUGAGAAUGAUGGGGAUUGCCCGCUCAUCUGUCGUGUGCUUUGUUAUUGACACCACUGGCAGUAUGUCAGAUGACAUCGAUGAAGCCAGGGAGGUUGUUUACGAAAUCAUUGACAGCAAAAAAGGGACACAGGAUGAGCCAUCUGAGUACAUUCUGGUGCCCUUCAAUGACCCCGAUUUUGGGCCUAUGAUCAGGACAACAGACCCUGAAAAGAUGAAAAGAGAAAUCUCUAAACUCAAGGCGAAUGGAGGUGGUGAUACCCCUGAGAUGUGCCUGUCAGGACUUCAGUUGGCUCUCACCGGAGCCCCUGCCUCCUCCCACAUCUUUGUUUUCACCGAUGCUAUAGCCAAAGACAUCGCUCUCAAGGACACUAUUGUUGCUCUCAUCAGGAGCUCCAAGUCAAUCGUGUCAUUCUAUAUGACUGAGGCAGGUAGCCGUCGUCGUCGUUCCCUCAGAGCUGCGUCCUUUGAAGACUACAAGGACCUGGCUUUGGCCUCUGGAGGCCAGGCCAUCCAGGUGUCUAAGAAGCAGUUGCCUCAGGCCACAGACGUCAUCCUCGACACCUCCACUUCAGCUCUGGUGACAGUUCUUCAGCGAGCAAGGAAUCCUGGAAAGCAGGAGACCUUCCCCUUCACGUUGGAUGAAUCUCUGAAAAACAUCACUAUCUACCUCACAGGAUCAUCCCUUACUUUCACACUGACCAACCCUGCGGGCGUGAGCCAGAGCAGCAAUGAGGCCAGCGGUAAACUGGGGACCAUACAGACAGUGGGCAACCUGAGGAGAAUUCGUGUCAGUGCUGACAAACAGACAGGAACCUGGAAGAUCAACAUCAACUCCAACCAACCAUACACACUGAAAAUCACAGGUCAAAGUACUAUUGGUUUUAUCUAUGACUUCGUGGAAAGCUUCAAGGGACCCCACCCAGGUUAUGCAGUACUCAGUGGGCGUCCACAAGCAGGCCAGCCGGCCACUCUGAUGCUCUCAGUAAUGGGUAGGAAUGGUCCUUCCUCGAUGACUAUUGGAGAUGUUGGCCUGGUAACUGUGUCUGGUCCUGAGACUGUUAGCAAUAGCACAACAAUGGACAUGGGCAACGGAAACAUCCUGGUGACUGUUGAUGCAGUUCCUGUGGGGGAGUUUGUGGUCUUUCUGAAAGGAACUGAUAAAGUGUCCACCAGUGAUUUUCAGAGGCAGUCUACCACCCAGAUGUCUGUCUCUAAAGUGAAUAUCCAGGUUGUGGUAGACAGCAGUGUGGAGCCAGGAAAAGCCUUCAAGCUUCCCUUCAGUGUCAUGACCCAAGGCCCCGGUGGUCAAUUCUCAAUGAACGCCAGAAAUGACAAAGACUUCCCCAUGUCCUACCCAAGCAGCCUCACCUUGACAACUGGACAAUAUACUAAUGCUACUUUGACCAUUACACCACCUGCCAGCACACCAUCUGGCACUGAUGUCACUCUGACUAUGGAAGCCAAGUCAUCCAGUGGUGUUGACUCCAAUUACGCCGUUUUGAGAUUCUCUAUUGUUACCAAGAUUACAGAUUUUGUUCAGCCUUCGUGUGAAGUGGUUAGCGUGCUGGCAGAUGAUUGCCCUCAAGAUGUGUCUGAGUGUGAACCUUUCCAGUGGGAGCUCUUUGCCAACCUUAGUGACGGAAACGGCACUGGGAUAGAGAGGGUUUCCCUGCGUCAGGGCAAUGGAAACCUCACAACCACCUCCUUGAGUGCUCCCAUCAUUCACGCGAACUACACAGCCUCCUGCUGCUCGCAGAUUGUUGAGAUUUUAGCUGUAGAUAAAGUUGGCAAUGUUGGCAAGUGCUAUCAUUCCAUUGUACGUUCUGCUGGCCCUCCUGCUUUAACUCUGUCGCUGCCACUAUGGUUGUUCCUACUGGUAUCAGCCAGCCAUUGGCUUUGAAGGGCUUGUAUUAGGUUGCUCAGUAUCUUGUCUGUAUUCUGCAGUUACUGGAUAUACCGACUCGAGAUGAUUUAAAAUAAUGUGCCUAAACGAGUGAACGCUUCCAUCUUAUGCUUAGAUAUACUACCUUAAUAAAAUGUGGGCACUGAUUAGGCAAUGGAUGAUCAGUUGUAAGAAAUUAAAUAUUUAUGCUCAAAAAAACUACAGUUGUACAUGGUUGAACAUUUCUACUUUUUGUAACACGUUUCAGUUUUGCUGACAAAAAUCUUGUGUGACAAAUGUUUGGUUGACAGCACAACUGGUGCAUGACAGCAGAAAACCAUUUUUACCACCUAAAUGCACAUCAGGCCUGCAACUUUUCUUGUGAGGUGCUGGAAUAGAUGUGAUGCUUUCAAAAAAUCUGUGCAUAAUUAAACAAGAUAAUGUUUCCCUUUUUAAUCACAUUUACCAUGGAAAAUAUAUACAUGCACAGUAAAUGAGCUAUGCACACAUUCUACAAUUUAAUGGAAUCAACAUUUAACCAAAGGCUACUUUUUCAAGGCAAAAUAAGUCCUAGUGUGGAACAUAGUACAGUUGCCAUACUUUAAUGGCGUUUGUUAACAUUUGGCAGACAAAUACAAUAAUAUUCAAAGGAAAUGAAAUGACAUUAAACAGUGGCUUGUGAAGUCCAAAACAGAAACACUCCUGUUGAGUGUUAUCAAAUGUCAUUUUUCAUUCAACAUUUCAUUGACGUCCAUUGUACUAGUAUGUCAACGGAAAUCUCAAUAAAGUGUUUCAUUUCAUUUUGGGAAAAAAAA